UCCACAGUAGUUGUGUCGACAUGAAUGUGAGAUCAAAUGUUUUGUGAACAAAUGCUUUUUUUGUGAAGCAGAAUAGAGAAGUGAGUAUGUGGUGGGGCUGGGAACGAUACUGCUUUCAACCUGCAUGAGGAGGAAGUCACACCACAAACACCGAAACAUACACAGGUAGAGGGUCAUUUCAAACUUUGGCUACUAGUUGUUUCGGUCUAUCUACGGAGGGCUGACAUGUCUUUAGAUGGGACUAAAUUAUUGUUUGAAGGCUUCCUGCAGAAAAGAAAAGAUACUAUGAAAAUAAGAUGGGUGACGUAUUGGUUCAGGCUUCAAAAUACAACCUUGUUCUUCUAUACACAGAAGAAUGGCAGCGCCGCACACUUGAGAGGCUAUUACUACAUUUACACAGUGCAGUCAGUACGAGAGGUCCAGAGAGUUGACAGCAAGCGCUUUAUGUUUGAGAUCUUCAUGACCAAUGGAAAGAGGAAAUUGUUGGCAGCAGAGACCGCAGCUCUCAGAAAAGAGUGGGUAGGACUCCUAUGGCAAGCCAUGAAUCUUUCUACCUCUGUGGUUUCAGACUCCAGAAGCACACAGCAUGAAGUGUGUGAGCAGCGAGGGCGGUUAAACAGCAGCACACCCAUCUCCUCACACAGUGACUGCGUAAUGGAGUUGAUGCCUGCUCGGCCCCUCUCGGCCCCUGCCCCUACAGGCCACGUCCACCACAAGAUCAGGAACAUCGCCUCCCCCAUCUGCCUGUCUGAGGAGCCGGAAGGUGAAGAGGCAGUGCAGCAAAACACACUUUCAGCCUGUAGCUACCAGCAUCACAACAGUGACAGUCCACAAUGGUCCGGUGGGUUAAGCAAUGCAGAAGGCAGACAAGAAGGCGACUAUGACAUUUUACCACUUAGAACCAAGGUUUGUGAGAUCAACCCUUCAACAGAGACGGAAGAGGGCGUGUAUGACUUUCCUCUCUCUUACAGGAGGGCUGAUGAACAUCCAAACCCCACAGAGAGCAUCUAUGAUGUACCGAGCUCUCUUUUGAGAAGGAUUCCUGAUCACACUUUAGAGGAGCAGCCGGAAGACGAAGUUUACUGGAGGAUAUAAGGGCCAGUUUGAGGACACAAGUGGCAGUCUGGAGGGUAGCGGUAACUCACCAUACAUAUAACUUUUGGACCAGACACAAAAGACUGUUGCCAUCUAAUAUGUAUAGCUUUGUGUUUAAUUAUCUUACUGGUUUGAGUGAAACAAACAGAUGUAAUGAGUGCAAAUAUUGUUUGUCAUCUUUGUUAAACUUUUAUAUGCUACACAACAUCAUAAACCACAAACAUCCGUAGGUUCAACUGUGCUAUUUAUUUUAGCUCCCUCUAUACAAGACCAAGAACAACUUAGUCAUUUAUAACUACAGAGAACACGCUGUACACAAAUGUCAACAAAUACGCACUGUGGGUCUGUCACACUAUGGUU